AAACCGCGGGAACCACGGAUUGUUGGCAAUUCGCGACAAAAUCAAACGAAAUAAUCACCUUUGCGGUAUUCGGGCUGUCCCCAUUUGGCCACCUCUCGAGUCUUCCCCCCGCAACCCCCAGCCGACAUUUACGCACGACUUGCAUCGAGUUAUCGAGUUGAAGUCGGCAGCACUUUUGUGCGCUAAGCUGUCGCAUUCGACAAGAUGGGGGGUUUCAGUAUGAACAAGGUGCUGGGCAACCUAAAGAAACGACAGACAUUUGGUGGAAGCAGCGCCGACGACGCACCAAACGCACCAAUCGAUCCCGCAAACGAUACCCCCGAUGCCAUUGCCACGCGCUGUGUGAAACAAUUCUGUCUGUCCGUGGGAAGCUCGUCGGGAGACGAUGUGAUAUUCCUUCCCUCGAUCGUCGAGGCCACCGUUGCCUCUCCGGCUGCCGCUGCCGAGUCCGCCCGCCUGAUCCGCAAGUUCUUGCAACGAGAUUACUGGUCAAAACCAUCAUGUCAAUACAACGCCAUCAUGUUGGUCCGGAUCCUCGCCGACAACCCGGGCCCGGGCUUCACAAAGUUUAUGGAUAAGAAAUUCAUCGACGCCACCAAGGAGUUGCUCAGAUCGGGGAAGGACGGGAGCGUGCGCCAGAUCCUGAUGGAAACGCUGGACUCGUUCGAGACCAACAAAAGCCUUGACGAAGGGCUAGCCCCGAUGAUUGAGAUGUGGAAGAAAGAGAAGGAGAAGGCUUACAAGACCUUUGGGGGAAUGCCUGCUGGGCCAGUCCAGCCACCGCCGAUGAUGGCGCCGGGUUUCAACCCAUACCCGCAGCAUCAACCGCAGGCUUUCUAUCCUCGACCAAGCCACAGCAAACGUCUUCCGGACCCAAUCGAGCUCACGAACCGGUUAGAAGAAGCGCGGUCGUCAGCCAAACUUCUCGAACAGGUCGUCGCGUGCACCCCUGCCGCCGAAUUUCUCCAAAACGACUUGAUCAAGGAGUUCGCCGACCGGUGUUCGAGCGCCUCCCGCAGUAUACAGGGGUACAUGGCGGCCGAGAACCCCGGGCCGGACAACGACACGAUGGAGAGCCUCAUCGACACCAACGAGCAGCUGCAGCAGGCACUGAACCACCACCGCCGCGCCCUGCUCCAAGCCAAGAAGCAGCUUGGCCUGGGAGACGGGCGGUCCAGCACCUCGAGCCCAGCGCCGCACCUCCCAUCACCAGUCGACCAGCCCGGCGCCGCCGUACCGCCCGUCCCGGCCAGGAAAGCAGUCGGCGGGUCCGGGGGCGGGGGCAACGGCAAGGGCAAAGCCCACCUCGAAGCGCACGACCACGGCGGCAGCAGCAGCAGCGCGGCCAUCGCCGGCCCGUCGCGCUCCGCGAGCGGCACGCCCCGCGCCCACGACACCGACGACGACGACGGCCAGGACCCCUUCCGGGACCCGCCGACCGAGUCCCACUACACGGCAGCCGCCGCCGCCGCCGCCGGUGGCUCCUCGUCCCGGCCGGGCGCCGGCAGCGCGCUGGGCGAGAACGGCCCGCCGCGCCUGUCCUUCGAGCCGUUCCAUCCCGGCUUUGGCGGCGGCCCGUCCUCGGCUGCGGCGGGUGAGCGGGGGAGAGCGGAGCCCGUCACGCCCGUGUCGGAUGACGGGACAGACCUGUACAAGGCGACGCCGAAACAGGACGGAGGGCCUGUUUAUCGGUAUUAGAGGUCUUGGGUACUUGUGGUGUGUGGGUUGGUUUUGCUUUGUGUGGUUAUCCGAUCGUUGAUUUAUGUCCUGGGUGUCUUAUGGCUGGGAAAUGCGGCUCUGUUGGUGUUUUGUGUUGAGCCUAGACGGCAGGCCUCUCGUUUGCGUUGCUCUUUUUUUGCGUGUUUACA